AUGUUUUACUACGUUAUCAGCACCGACCCCCAGAAGGAGGCGCUGGCGAUGCGCAAGGUGUCAGACAAGCGUUCUAACGUGAACGCUGAUAUCAAGUUGUUUGGGAGAGGACCGGGAGGGUGCGCUCUUGAGAUCAAGUGGAAGGAGCUCGCGAAGGAAAACAUCGCGCCCUCUUCUCACGGACCCCUGCAGAGUGGUGCAGAGGGUCGACUGAACCCAGCACUCGACACUGCUGAGGCUGUCAACCGCCAGAAUGUCGCGGCCAAGAUCAACCAGGUGGUCGCCUGGAUCAAGGCGACCUACCAGGGUGGGGAUGUGGCGAUCUCGGACUCCACACCGCCCGCUGGAUUCAACAUGUCCCCCGUUAUCAAGAUUCUGUUAGAGGGCUAUGAGGCGGCUAUCUUUCCUAACGGCCCCCCGCCCUAG